AUGCCUCGCCCCCUCGUUCGACAAGGAUUAUUUCAGUGCAAAGUGGGAGGAAUUGACCAAUUGUUAAACUCAUGUGGUCAUGGGCCUAAUAGGCCUACUGAAUCCUGGAUGAAGGAAAACCAGACAAAAGCCAAAGCAAGGAAACAAAAAGCUCAUACUUUAGCAACAGGAGGUGGGCCUGCAUUAACCAAUUGCUUGACAGAGGUCGAACAAAAGGCCUUAGGUGUUUGGGGUCUAGGGUCAAUUGAUGGCCAUCCAGAUCUGGAAAUGGAUAUUGGACUAAAUUAUCCUAUCGAAAAAUCUGUCAGCAACGAGGCUGAACUUGAUUCUGUUAAUGUUGACUGA